GUCCAGUAUCUGUCCCAUGAACUACUGCUGAUCUGUCAUACUGUGUACUCCAUGAGGGACAGCAUGGAGUAAACUGCUAUAGUACUACUACUGCUAAACUACUACAAGAAAUACACAAAUGGACAAGUUGUCCCAUCGCAGAGGGCGGAGUCUCUCUGAUGCUUUGACCCUGGAGCAGUCAGAUGAUGGAGGCGUGGUCAUCUCCAGCAUCAACACUGAGUCAGACACUCAGGAGCUCAGAGCAGGAGAUGAGCUGGUGGGAGCAUCCAUAAACUUUGAUCAUCUAUCCAAAGACGAGGUGCUGCAGGUGCUUAAGGCCAUGGAACCAUUUAACUCCAAUGUCCGAGUCCUGACCAGGAGCAACAUGAGCAAGAGUAUGGAAAACCUGGACCAGAUCCCCAGGGACCACACCUUCAAGUCUCCAGAAACAAUGCUGAAUGACUCCUACAACAAACUCUACAACACUAAAAUCAAGAAGUACCUGAAGAGUGGCUCAGUGGACGCAGAAACCCUCCUCAGCAGAGAUGUCUCUCUUAAACCAAACUCAUCUAAACUUAAUGCAAACUCAGGUUUGCCGCGUCUUGGAGUUGAUUUUGGCCUUCUUAAACCAAAAAACAAGAAUUUAGACGCUGAGUCUUCAGCAUUAUCUGGUUCGGUAGCUGGUGAUUUUGGGGGUAGUAACAUGAAUCUUCCACCACUGGGUCUUGGUGGAUCACAACUUGGGCUUAAUACUAAUUUAAAUGGUCCAAAUGUAAAUCUGUCAGGAAGUUUCUCAGACAUUCCUGAUUAUUCAUCCAGUGCUGGCUUACAGUUGCCAAGUGUUGAAACGCCUGGAUUGAAAGUCAAUGGUGGACUCAAAGCACCUAGUUAGCUACAAACAU